CAAUCGAGACUUUCAUCAGCAUCACUGGGGCACCCGAAGCUGUUGCCAUUUCAACGAUUGGGAUCAGGAGUAUGCUGGUGAUCUCAAUACUGCUGUAAAUGCACAUUUCAGCGAAGGAGAUAGGCCAACAUCAACCACAGUUCAUGUAGAUGAUGCAAUGGAUACAGAUGAUGCAAUUGAAGUUGUACCAAACGGGACAUUGAUUACACAUGCAAGGGAUGUGAGAGAGGCACCGAUAGAGGUUAAGAAUAGCAAUGAGUUAUCCUGUCAUUCUGGUAAUGCUCCUGCUGAUGAGGAUGUCUCUGAAACUGAAAAUGCUCGUGGCCAUAAUUCCCACGAGACUGUUAUAAUUGAUGAAGUGCAUGAGGAUUCAGCAGUGCAGCCAAUGUGGCAGAAUGACAACUCUAAUUUCCGACAUGUUACACCCAGUGCUCCUGCUUUUGAUGAUUUGCCAGAUUAUGGGAAAGACAUUGAAGAACAGAUGAUUCGAGCUGCCAUUGAGGCCUCCAAACGGGAUGUUGAGGAGUUGAGUGAUCCUGGGCCUUGGCAUAAUAUUUCUCAUUCAGAGAAUGCUGCAGUUGAAGAAGCAGUUUCAAUGUCUUUGAUGGCAGCGGAGCAAGAGAAGGCAUUGUGUGAGCAGGGCUCCUGUGCUGGAACAUCAGAAGUGGAGGCUUCUAAACCAGAUGAGGAGCAUCUUGUAAACAUGCAAGCCUCAAGUGGGAGGUUAAUGGAAGGAAGCUCUUCCAUUCAAGGUGAAGCUGAAGAUGGGAAUGAGCAGCGUCUAGUUAGGCCAGGGUCUAGGGAAUCUGCGAAUGAAGUUGGAGUUGUGGAGCCCAGUUCACCAUCAAGUCCCGGACAGCAAGGCAUAGGGAAUCUCCCAUUGAACAAUGGAAAUGCAUUCCCUUCUGACGAGUGGGGUGGUAUCUGUUCAGCGGAACAUGAUGGACAGUCAUGCUUGAGGCUGCAAUGUUUGGUGGAAUCCCUGAAAGUGGAUAUCGUUUUGCCUAUGCACCUCAUCAGUUCAUUCAACCUGAGGGCUCAAAUCCCUGGCGUGCCCCCUCGUCCUCCAUCACCCUCUUUGGCUGCUCAACGCCUGAUACGGGAACAGCAAGAUGAUGAGUAUAAUGAAGCAUUGCAAGCAGAUAGAGAAAAAGAGUUGAAGGCAAUUCAACAAGCUGAAGUUUUCCAUUUAGAGGAGGAAGCAGCUAGAAAAGCUGCUCAUGAAGAACAACAAAGGAAACAGGAAUGUGAGAGACAGUUAGCUGUUAAAGAAGCUUCUCUACCUCAGGAGCCAUCAGCCAAUGAGAAAAAUGCAGUAAACCUUCCAGUGCGAAUGCCAGAUGGCAGUCGUAGGGGCCGUUUAUUUCUCAAGUCUGACAGGCUGCAUUCUCUAUUUGGCUACAUAGAUAUCGGAAGAGGAGUCAAGCAGGGCACUUACCGAUUGGUGAGGCCAUACCCGAGGCGUGCUUUCGGUGACGGAGAGAGCAGUUUAACAAACAAACAAGAAGCCCUUUUUCUUGAGCUGGUCUAA